AUGCAGCGGCGGCGACCAGGAGCAGCGCACCGGCGCCCCUUCCUCACGGCGGCGGCGGCGGCCGUCCUGAUCCAACUCCUUCUCCUCAGCGCCGUCGUGGCGGCCGACGACGCGGCGGCGGGCACGCCGGCGAUCCUGGACACGGUGUGCGCGGCGACGCAGGCGGCGGACCCGGAGGGCUUCGACGUGAGCUUCGUGACCACGCUGGAGAUGAUCUACCAGAACGUGACGCGGUCCGGGUUCGGCGCGGCGGGCUCCGGCGCAGGCAACAACACGGUGUUCGGGCUCGGGCAGUGCAUGAGCUACCUGUCCCCGACCGACUGCCAGCUCUGCUACGCGCAGAGCCGGGUGAAGCUGCCGCACUGCCUCCCCGCCGACGGCGGGCGGAUCUAUCUCGACGGAUGCUUCCUCCGCUACGGCGCCGACAACUUCACCGCCACCGCCACCGACGCCAGCGACACCGCGGUGUGCUCCAACGCCACCGCCACUGUCGCGACGGACGGGACCGGUUCAGACAGAGAUUCAGAUUUCAGAGGUGCUGCCGCUGCCUGGAAUGCUGAGCUUUCUGGCUGUGCGAUCUCCUUACGAGUAGGUCGUUGUCGAAUUGUUUAUGCAAGUUUGUCAAGAUUUGCUGUUAAGGAGGAGUGA